ACAGCGGUACAAAGUUUGGAUACAGUCGGCGCCGCACGUCGCCCGCUUGACGCGCUCUCUUCUCGGGGUGUGUUUUCGACUCUUCCCGGUGGAUUUACCGUUUGGGAUGGACUAAGGAGCCGCCAUGGUUGUGAAUUCGGUGCACUGGUUCCGUAAAUGCCUGCGGCUGCACGAUAAUCCGGCGCUGCAGGAGGCCCUGAAUGGAGCGGACACGGUGCGCUGUGUUUAUAUCCUGGAUCCCUGGUUCGCAGGAGCCGCGAACGUGGGAAUCAACCGAUGGAGGUUUCUGCUGGAGGCUCUGGAGGACCUGGACAGCAGCCUGAAGAAGCUGAACUCCCGGCUGUUCGUGGUUCGCGGUCAGCCCACCGACGUCUUCCCGCGCCUCAUUAAGGAGUGGAAUGUGACCCGGCUGACCUUUGAGUACGACCCCGAGCCGUACGGGAAGGAGAGGGACGGCGCCAUCAUCAAGAUGGCUCAAGAGUUCGGAGUAGAGACGGUGAUCAGGAACUCUCACACACUGUUCAACCUGGACAGGAUCAUCGAGAUGAACAACAACAGCCCCCCCCUGACCUUUAAGCGCUUUCAGACCAUCGUGAGCCGGCUGGAGUUGCCACGGCGACCGCUGCCCACCAUCACCCAGCAACAGAUGGACACCUGUCGCACGGACAUCGCCGCCGACCACGACAAGCUGUACAGUAUACCUUCACUGGAGGAGCUGGGUAUGCACCACCGCUUCGGUUUCAGGACGAGGGGCUUGGCCGCCGCCGUGUGGCGAGGCGGCGAGUCGGAGGCUCUGGACCGGCUCAACAAGCAUCUGGACAAGAAGGUCUGGGUGGCCAACCUGGAGCACCCGCGGGUCAACACCUGCUCGCUGUACGCCAGCCCCACCGGCCUCAGCCCCUACCUGCGCUUCGGCUGCCUGUCCUGCCGCGUGCUCUACUACAACCUGCGGGAGCUCUACAUGAAGCUCCGGAAGCGCAGCAGUCCUCCCCUGUCGCUGUUCGGCCAGCUGCUGUGGAGGGAGUUCUUCUACACCGCCGCCACCAACAACCCCAACUUCGACCACAUGCAGGGGAACCCCAUCUGCGUGCAGAUCCCGUGGGACCAGAACCCCGAGGCGCUGGCCAAGUGGGCGGAGGGCCGGACGGGCUUCCCCUGGAUCGACGCCAUCAUGACGCAGCUGCGGCAGGAGGGCUGGAUCCACCACCUGGCGCGGCACGCCGUGGCCUGCUUCCUCACCCGGGGAGACCUGUGGCUCAGCUGGGAGAGCGGCAUGAAGGUGUUUGAGGAGCUCCUGCUGGACGCUGACUGGAGUGUGAACGCCGGCAGCUGGAUGUGGUUGUCCUGCAGCGCCUUCUUCCAGCAGUUCUUCCACUGCUACUGCCCGGUGGGCUUCGGGCGCCGCACCGACCCCACGGGGGACUACAUCCGGCGCUACGUCCCCGUCCUGAAGGACUACCCCACCCGCUACAUCUACGAGCCCUGGAACGCCCCGGAGUGCGUGCAGAAGGCCGCCAACUGCCUGGUGGGCGUGCACUACCCCAAACCCAUGAUCAACCACGCCGAGGGCAGCCGGCUCAACAUCGAGAGGAUGAAGCAGGUGUACCAGCAGCUGUCGCACUACAGGGGCCUGAGUUUGUUGGCGUCUGUUCCGACGAUCCAGGAGGAGGCGGAGCCACCGAUGACCGACGAGUCUCAAAACGGCAGCGGACCGGACUCUCCCGGUGCAGCUCUCGCUGACCACCAGGCUCCCGGCUGCCCAGCGGCGCCCGACUCUUCCUCCCGCCCGGCCCCUCCCCCUCCCGCCUGCCGCCCCCCGCCGGACGCCGCUGCUGCCGCCGCCCCCUCCUGCUCCUUCCGCCACAACGUCCUGCUGCCCGCCCCGGCGCCCGCCGCCGCCGCCUCCUCCAGGAGGAAGGGCUUCUCCCGCAAGCCCCGACGCAGCUACAGACCGCGAGCAGCACGAGCCGGCGGCCCGCCGCCGCCGCCGCCGCCGCCACGGGACGAGCAGAGGAGGGACAGGAGGAGGGAGCAGAGGGUGGAGGAGAAGAUGGAGCAGGAGGACGAGGAGGAGGAGGAGGAGGAGGAGCCUGAGGAGCACAUGGAGGAGGAGGGAGAGGAGCUGAGACAGUGAUCCCAGGUUGAUUCGUUGCGUUUUGUUCGGAGACUCUGAGAAGAAGGAAGGUUACUGAGGAGAAAAGCCAGAGACUGACCGGGGCCCCCGGGGACACCCGGAGACCCCGGUCCUGCCCCCCCGGGGUCUCCGGACGCCUCGGAGCUCCGACUGGACUCGACCUGUGGAACUGAAGCCAAAAUAACCCCGAAACUCCUGCAAAGCGCCACACGGGCCGCAGAGGGAGGCGGAGCCUCAGAGGGAGGCUCGCUGCUCCGCCCACUUCUGACCUUUCUUUUCUUUUUUCUUUUUUUUUUUUUUUCCUCCCCCGAGGAGCCGCUGUCGUCUUUAUUCUGACUCUGCAUCCUGAUGCAGACUGGUCCCAAAAUUUAAAUCUGCAAAAUUUAUUUUGGUGGAAAGAAACGGAAUAUUUCACAAAAGUAAACAUUUUUUUCUUAAGUUCUUAGUAAAACUAAAAAAGAAAUAUUUUUUUUUUCUUUCAGGUCGAAGUUCAGAAACACUCAGUUCAUAAUGUUUUAAAGCACUAAUCUUUUUUUCUUCUAUUUGAAGAAGAAAUGUUUCCUGAAUUUUUCUGAAUGAAUUCACUGUUUUCGCCCCCUCCUCACUCCUGCGCUCUGAUUGGUCGGAUUGGAGACUGUGCGGUCUGAACCCGGCGCUCGCGCUUUUUUUUUUUUUUUUUUUUUUUCCUUCCCAUGUAAACCCUCCGUUUGAAUGUUUUCACGAAGUCCUGCUUGUCCGCCGUGGCGGCCGCAGAAACUCAGGAAACCCUCGACCCCGGCGACCCCAUUAGGGGCGGAGCCACGACGACGGAGGGGCUGCUAGCGUGACUGGAAUGUAGCCGCCCGGUCUGUACGGAGAACCCGGAGUUCCCGGCGUGUCCAGCAGGGGGCAGCAGGUCGUUAAAGGUUCACAACCAAAAAAAGCCCUCGGAGAUUUUAGCCUUGAUUCCUCCAGGAAAGGAAAGGUUGAACGAGAUGAAGAGAUGUUUUCCAACAUCUGCUGAUUAUUUUCCACGGCAAUAUUUAUUCCUAAAAUUCGACCAUAAGCCCCGAAAACAAAAACUAUCCAUCUUUUCCCUUUUCUGCCAUAUAUGAUUUUUUUUUUUUUUUCCAGUCAGCCCUCCCAUGUAAAAUUAUCACAAUUACGUUUUAAAGAAAAUCCCAAUAAUCCGACCAUAUUCCAUAUAUUCAGAAUUUCUGGAAAAAAAAUUGUUUCACUGUCGAACAGUAAAACCUUUUUAAAAAGAAUUUAAAUUGUAAAUAAAAUUAAAAGCAUCUUUAUUAAAGCACUUAAACUAUUUUUUUUUCCUUUAGAAGAAACGUUGACUUCAGGAGACUUCUUCAAGCUUCUCUGAUUUUUUUUUUUCCCUGAAUAUUGACGAAAUGACCCCGACAGCCUUUUGAUUUCAGUUUUUCUAUAAAUUGCGUGUACAGAUCCCACUGAAGUCCAAACUCCAUCGAUCAACAAACAUCUGCAGGUUUGAGAAAUGAGGAUAAAAACUAGGAGAAUUUUGAGAGAAGGUGACUUUUACCUCAAGUUUAUUAAAGGUGCAAUACGUAACAUUUAACUGUAAAUCAAAUAAUCAGCAGAGCGACGGAACGCUUUCAAAGUAAAAGGUUUGACGUUCAGAUUGAGUGAUGUCGGCUAGCUGUCGAACCCGCCGCAGUACCAGUGAGCACCGCCAGGUGGCGCGUUGAGUUGCAAUUCCUCCGCUGUGCUGCCGAGCUGCGUCUCACGGUGUCAAACCGGAAGCUUUCAAAGUAGUUUUCUGGUCGUUUUGCAGACGAGUCGCCACGACGACGGGAGAAGGUCGGACAGAACCCGCCGACGGGAGCUCGUCUUUCCCGCGGCCCUGAAGGCAGCGCGGCCGCUCGGGCCGAUAUUUAUUUUGUUUUGUAUUAUAAUGGUGAAGAGUUUAUUUUCAUUAAAAGUGCAG